GCGUCGGCGAGCUGCCGGUGGCUCGGCGGCGCGCCAUCACUCGCCGCCUGCGCCAACUGGACGUGCUCGGCUACACGCGCCGCAUGCUCACCGACGCUGACGUCUUCCAGAGCCGGACCUCCAUGAUUGGGAAGAUAGCCCGUGACACCAUUUACAACAUGAUGGACCUACUUCUUCUCUGUUUUGAUGCCCGUAAUCUUGGCGAGGAGAAAGAUGUGAUAACAAUCUGCGCCGAGCUGCUGUGCGUGCCGGACCUGGCGGAGGACCUGUGGGCGGGCGACUCGGCACUGCGCUCCCUGCUGGAUGAGGCGGCUGACCGGUUCCCGGCCGACGGCGUGCCACUGCUGGAGCUGGCCGCCGCGCUGGCGCAGGCCGGUCGGGACAGCCUUGCCCAGAUGGUCUCCUAUCUGGACCGGCUGCCGAGCUACGCCGUGCCGGAAGCGCUGGUGCCGGCGGGCACGGCCGUGGCGGCGCUGGACGACUGGACGCUGCAGCACGACUGGUACCCUGAGCGGCGGCUGCCGAAGCUGGUGCUGCCGGCCGGCGCGACGGGUCGCCUGCUGCCCGGCGCCAGCCGGCUCGUCUGCUGGCGCGUCAGCCACUCCGGCUGGCAGCAGGGCCUACUUUUCCUGGAUGACCUGCAGCGCGAGGGGCAGAUGGGCGAGCAGCACGUGCAGCCGGAGACGUCGGAGCGGGCCGGCGCGAUGGCGCGCCUGCUGCGGGCGGUGAUGGAGCAUGGUACACCGGAGCAGGCGCGCCACCUCCGGCCCCACAUCGAGCUCGUGUUCCCCAUCCUGGAGAGGCACUACCGCUGGGGGUGUGCGCCGCAGCCGUUCGUCCACCACGCCGCCGAGGUGCUGGCUCUGCAUGCGCGCGUGGAGCCCGACUACGUGUGGGAGCACAUGGACAGGAACAGUCGGUGGUCGCCGGGCCGCCUCGGAGAGCUGAUAGAGGCGCACGAGUGCGUGCAGCGGCGCUACCCGCUGACGCAGGCCUUCCUCCAGCUGCUGCUCAACACCGUUCCAGGUGGGCGGCGGCCGCGCGGCUCGUGCACCCUUGCACGGACAGAGCGCGGACCCAUCGCUCUCCUGGGCAUGGGUGCAACAUUCUUCUAG